GUCCAAACUUCCUGAGAGCAGCUCCAGCCCUCCCUCCGCUUCCGACGGCCGCGCUGCGCCAUCCCGGCCCGGCCAGCCCAGCCCGCGGCGGGGCUCUGCCCCCGGUGCCACCGCGGCCCCGGCAGGAUGCUGCUGCGGGCCGCGGUGCUGGCGGUGCACGCCGGGCUCCUGGCUGCCCUCCAGCCCGGAGACCCCAACGUCUGCAGCUACUGGGAGAGCUUCACGGCGCUAGCGAAGGAGUCCUACACCAAACCCCACGUUGUGCCCUCCAGCGAGCCCUGCCCCGGGGGUCUGGGCAUCCCCCUGCCCUGCCCAAAGCAGAGGGUGGCGUACCGCACCGAGUACCGCCAGGCCAUCCGCACCAGCUACCGGCGGCGCUACCAGUGCUGCCAGGGCUACUACGAGAGCCGGGACUCCUGUGCCCCUCACUGCAGCCAGGAGUGCGUCCACGGCCGCUGCGUGGCUCCCGAGCUGUGCCAGUGCGAGCCGGGCUGGCGCGGCCCCAGCUGCUCCAGCGAGUGUGAUGAGCAUUCCUGGGGGCUGGACUGUGGACAGCGCUGCCCCUGCCACCACGGGGCACCUUGUAACCCCCUGACCGGGGUCUGCUCCUGUCCCCCCGGCUUUGCCGACCCCCUGUGCAGCCAGCCAUGCCCACCUGGCACCUAUGGGCAGAGCUGUCACCUGUCCUGCCCCUGCCACCACCAGGCGCCCUGCAACGCCUCCACCGGCGCCUGCCUCUGCCCAGUGGGGCUGAGCGGCCCCCUCUGCGAGGUGCCCUGCCCUGAGGGCAUGUCCUGCACCACGCCCUGCCCCUGCCAGAACGGGGGCAUCUGCCACCCCUCCAGCAGCAGCACCUGCAUCUGCCCCCACGGAUGGAUGGUAGGUGGGCUGUGCCCCUCUCCAGACACGGGCUGUGCCUCAGUUUCCCCUGCUGACCCCGGUGCUGCUUUGCAGGGGGAGAUCUGCUCGGUGCCGUGCCCCGCCGGGCGCUUUGGGCCUGGCUGCCAGGGCGAGUGUCGCUGCCACAACGGGGGGCACUGUGACCCCCACGGGGGACAGUGCCAGUGUGCCCCUGGAUUCACUGGAGAGCAGUGCCAGGAGAGGUGCCCAGUGGGGCGGUACGGGCAGGACUGCCAGGAGAGCUGCGACUGUGCCAACGGGGGCCAGUGCUUCCACGUGCACGGGGGCUGCCUGUGCGAGGCCGGGUACCAGGGCAGCCGCUGCGAGGAGCGGCACUGCCUGCCCGGCCUCUACGGGCUGCACUGCCAGAGCCGCUGCCUCUGCCACCCCCAGCACAGCCAGAGCUGCCACCCGAUGCUCGGGGAGUGCCUUUGCCACCCGGGCUGGGCAGGGCUCUACUGCAACGAGAGCUGCCCCCCCGGCUCCUUCGGGCCCGGCUGCCUGCAGAGCUGCCUCUGCCUCCACGGGGGGGUCUGUGAUGGCACCACAGGGCACUGCCAGUGCCCCCCGGGCUACACGGACGAGCACUGCUCCUCCCUAUGUCCCCCCAACACUUUUGGGGUGAACUGCUCGGGGCGCUGCUCCUGCCAGCACGCCCUCGCCUGCUCCCCGCUCGACGGCUCCUGCUUCUGCAAGGAAGGCUGGCACGGACCUGACUGCUCAACGCCGUGUCCUGCUGGUUUUUGGGGUCUCAGCUGCAACCGGAGCUGCGACUGUGCCCACGGGGCGUCCUGCGACCCCCAGAGCGGGACCUGCCUCUGCCCCCCGGGCUGGCAGGGCCCUCAGUGCCUGCAGCCCUGCCCGAAUGGCACAUUUGGGGCGGGCUGUGGGGAGCGCUGCGUGUGCGCCCACGCCGACGGCUGUGACCCCGCGACGGGAGAGUGCCGCUGCCUGCCAGGCUGGACAGGGCGGCAGUGCAAGCAGGGCUGUCCCCAGGGCUCCUGGGGACGUGGCUGCCACCAGUCCUGCUCCUGCCGCAACGGAGCCUCCUGCUCCCCCCAGGAUGGGUCCUGCACCUGCACCCCGGGUUACCGCGGCCCCAGCUGCCAGCGCACCUGUCCCCCCGGCCGCUACGGCAAACGCUGCUCCCUGAGCUGCUCCUGCGCCAACGGCUCCUCCUGCCACCCCACCAACGGCUCCUGCCUCUGCAGCCCGGGCUGGAGGGGUCCCCGCUGCUCCCAGCCCUGUGCCCCCGGGACCUUUGGGCUCCAGUGUGACCAGCUCUGCCACUGUCCCCACAACGCCACCUGCGACCCCACCAACGGGACGUGUCCCUGCGCCCCCGGCACGGCUGGGCCCCGCUGUGAGGCUGGGAAUCCUGACCUGCCCUACAGCAUCGAGCCAGCCCCUCCUGCAGCCUACAGCCCCCUGGGCAUGCUGCUGAGCCUGGUGGCCCUGGUGGCACUGCUGGUGGCUGUGGUGGCCACCAGCCUGUGCUACCACCGCUGGCAGAAGGACAAGGAGCGGCGGCACCUGGCCGUGGCCUACAGAGCAGGACAGACGGACACCUCGGACUACAUGGUGCCAGAUGUGCCCCCGAGCCAGCACGCCCACUACUACUCCAACCCCAGCUACCACACGCUGUCGCAGUGCCCGCUGCCGCGGUGCCCGCUGCCGCAGUGCCCGCUGCCAGGCCCCCAGGACAGAGCCAGCUCCCUCAAGGUGCCUGGCACGCAGCUCUUCCCUGGCGUGGAGAUGCCCUACAGCCCCGAAGGCAAUGCCACGCUGCCGCCUGACUGGAAACACCUCGGGCCCAGGGGGAGGCAGCUGGACAGGAGCUACACCUACAGCCAUGGCCUGAGGAAGGGUGACAGCAAAGAGCACCCCUGGGAGGGGCUGAGGGCCAGCGCCAGCUCCCUGGCCAGCGAGAACCCCUAUGCCACCAUCAAGGAGCUGCCCCCUGCCGCUGCCAAGGCCCACGAGGGCAGCUACAUGGAGAUGAAAUCCCCUGUGCAGAGGGAGAUGUCCUACGCUGAGAUCAGGCUCCUCGAGGAGCCACCACAGGAGGAGAGCUGUCCUGAAGGCCCCCCCACCAGAGACCCCCCCAGCCACUACGACUCCCCCAAGAACAGCCACAUCCCCAGUCACUAUGACGUGCCCCCUGCCCGCCACUACCCCCCGUCCCCACCGCUGCGCAGGAAGGACCGCUGAGGGAGCCUGAAGGAGCACGGGGGGACCCACCACGAGGGGACAGAGGGUCCCUGAGGGGACUGGAGUACCCUGGGACUGCUGCUGUCCCUUUGCACUGGUGGUGAAUAAAGGGUGUUCGGUGUGGA